AAGUUGAGAUUUUUAUUUAUAAAUACCCAUGAGAAGAAAAGUGGAAGAGGAAGCUGUCUCCUACAAGUACAAUUAAUUCCACAUUGUUUUUGUUUUGCUUUUCUACUACCCUUUCCAUUCUUAUCACCCAUCAACUUCUUUAUAUCUCACCUUUUCUCCUAAUCUUAGUACACCACUCUAACUGCCUACCACCAAAUUCUGAAACCACUCCACACUACCCAAUUCUUGAUCCCUAUAUAUACAUCAACAAUCCCUUUGAACCCAACAAGCUUUUCCUUCUCUCACUUUCUUGAAUCUCAGUUACCUUGCGAUUUACGAUACAUAAGACCAACAUAUGGCUCGAUUUACAAGAAUGCUCACCGGUUUUGACUCCACUCCGGCAGCUGAACCUGCCAACGUUGAGUCGGAUUUAGUGGUCAUAAUGGCAGCUCUUUUAUGUGCAAUUGUAUGUGUGGUGGGGCUCAUUGCAGUAGCUAGAUGUGCCUGGCUCCGCCGAAGCAGCAGUGCUUCUAGUUCUCCUCCAUCUCAAGCAGCUGCUGCUGCUAAUAAGGGUGUAAAGAAGAAGGUUCUUCAAUCUCUCCCCAAGUUUACUUAUGGCUCUGCUGCAGUUGCAGCAGAUUCGGAUAAGUUUGCAUCAACAGAGUGUGCAAUCUGCUUAGGCGAGUUCGCAGCGGGUGAUGAAGUUAGAGUGCUGCCACAGUGUGGACAUGGGUUCCAUGUUGGGUGCAUAGACACUUGGCUAAAAUCCCACUCUUCUUGUCCUUCUUGCCGCCGGAUCUUGGUAACUGCUAGAUGUCAGAAAUGUGGCCUGUUUCCUGCUAUUUCCCCUUCUGCCUCCUCAUGUGCGGUUCAAACACAUAGCAAGACCGGAGAAAGUAACAAUAACAGAAACAGUAACAGCAGUGCUAAUGCUAAUGCUAAUGCUAGUUAUAAUAAUAAUCACCACCAGACUGUUAUUGCUGGCUUCUUGCCUUGACAAUUCCAAUAGAAGGAUUAUUUUUACGGCCACCGACUCGGCCAUUUAUGCAUUGUAUAGAUGAAUAGAUCAGUUUCCUUAGCCUCAGGCCAGAGCUAAUUACAGUUUGUAGAGUUUUAUGAAUACAAGAUACUACUUCUAAAUCA